AUGGUCGCGCCAGCAGUGCCCGACCUGACCGAAGAGGUUCUUCACGAGUCGAUCGAUGCCAGAACGGAGUCGCUUGUCGCGCUGCGGGAGCUUGGCCCGCCGGAUCUCGUCCACCUGGUCAAGCAAGGCGUGCGCAAUUCCGGCAAACAGACCGGCAUCUACCAUCACGUAACCGGCGUCGAUGCUUCCUCAUCCGCGAGUCUCGCCGCGUACAUCAACACCCUGACCUACAAGGACAAUGGCCCCAAUGCCACCUCCAAGAUUGUCGAAGGCGUCUACUGCUGCUACAAUGCUUUCUCACGACUUGACAUGCGCGUGCACGUGUCCAUCCCUGGCACCGUCGAGAGCUACUGCGUCGACGAGCGAGGCGAGAAGCGAAAGGCGUCGGACGAGCUCUGGCUGGAGACGUAUUUGUGCAGCGUCCUCAGAGCAUACUCAUACGCCGAUGACGGCAGUGGCGAUACAAUUCGGCGCAUCGUUGGCGUCCGCCGCUUCAACCCUGUCACCAACACCGAGACCGAACACCGCUUUCUCCACGCCGCUGAGCAGCUCUUCUUCCGAGGGUGGCAACUGGGUUCAGAUUCUGUCGUCCAGGUCCCGACAAACGUCUCCAACCACCUAACCACGGGUCUCCUCAAAUACCUCCAGACGACCGGUCGAUACGCCUCUGGGAUCAACUUGUUUGAAAAGUUGCGAACACAGAGUGUUGAGGUGUCUUCCCUGUUGGCCAAGGUCCUAUUCAUGGGCAAUGAAGAGGUGUCGGGGGUCAAAACGCUAUACCAGUCACUGCAGGAGACACCGAUGGACUAUGUCAUGCUCGACACGCAGGCGGAAUUUCUCAUCAAGAAAUCUCAAAAGGCAGAGACACCAGAGAUGAAGGAGGAGCGGCUCCGAAUGGCCCUGGGCUGCGCAGACCGCAGCACCAUCGCCGCGCCGAGCGAGUUCGGGACGUGGGCGAGACUGGCUCAGGUCUAUGUCGCGAUGGAGGACUGGGAGAACGCCCUCACCACCCUCAAUUCGUGCCCCAUGUUUACGUACCAGGACAAGGAUACCCCCGUGAUGCCGGAGCCGAGAGAGGUACACCUCCCGAUCCUGCCGGAGACGAGACUGGACGAGAUCGAUAGCGAGCCAGAGUCGCGCUUCUCGGAGCAGGUCGACGCCAGUCUUCUCGGCCUGCGUGCGGCGACGUAUCGUGGAACGUUCAAGGAGGCGUAUAAGAUCCUGACGGAAAUGACGGCCAAGAUUGGAUGGGACCAGCUUCUCAAGAUUCGAAGCAAUGUCUUUGUCAUGGAGGAUGAGUACCGAACUGAGAAGCAGGAGGCCACGAGCGCUCCUUCAAAACGAAGCCCGAGCUUGGACGGCCUGCGCGGCACGCCGGACCCCACUGCGAAUGGUGGUGAGCCGGACGACAAGGAGGAAACAGAGGCUGACAAGUCGGAGAAGGGUGAUGAGAAUGACGACGGGGAGACGGAGAAGACGGAGCAAGUGGCGGAUACGCUGGCACCCAAUGGCCAUAGCAACGGACUCGAGAAGCCUUCGAAUACGGUUGGUCCGCAGGAGGUCAAGGCGGACAGCGACAACAGCGUUUCCAACGACGAGCAUCUUUCCAAGCUGAACACAAAGCGCCUGUGUGAGAGAUGGUUGGACAGCCUGUUCAUGGUGCUAUACGAAGACUUGCGGGUGUAUACAAUCUGGCGAACGCAGAUGGCGCAGUACCGGGCGCAGCAAAUGCAGUACAAGAAAUCGGCGGAGGAAUGGGAGAUCCUGGGGGCGCUGGCGGAGCGGCUACAGCAUCUGGACGAGGCCGUCGAGGCGUACCGAGCGUGCCUGUCGCUGCGCUUCAGCCCCAAGGCGCUGGCUGGGGUGCUGCGCGUAUUCGAGAAGACGAAGAGCACGCGCGAGACGGUGGCGUCGGUGAUCCGGUUGGUAACGUGGCAGUACCGGUGGUAUAGCGAGUUCAGUCCGGAGCUGCUGCACACGAUCCGGACCCUGAUCGAGGACGAGGGCGCGGUCAAGGUGCGGAGCAUCAUCCAGGCGACGAGCCUGCCGCAGAACGUGCUGGACCUGACUCACCACUACGCGGCACUGUGCGCGACAUUUCGCAGCAGCGGGACGGACGGCUAG